AUGACGACGGUCGAUGCCUACCUCAAAGCCUUGCUUACGCUAUCGGGCAACGAGCAGCUUGCGGAUGCCCGCCGGGCCCUGCUCAAAAGUAUCAACGACAAUGAUCUCGUGGAAGUCGUGAAGAAGGGCGUGGGACGAGAGUUUGCAAGAGGUGGAUUGGAAGAGAUUGCUUCAGUCAUCCUACACGUCGUCGCGAGGGACCCAGCUUUCGUCGGGGAUAAUAGCGCCCAUAUACUUCAGGCGAGCGAGGUGAAGGAGGAAGCUGGAAGUGGAAACAUUUCGCGGGGAGAGUCCAACAUCCUUCACAAUACCGUCGUGUCAACAACGCAGAGCUAUCACGACGCGCUUUCGACACUCUCCGGCAACGCAGCUCUUGCGGAAGCAAGAAUAGCUCUGGUCACAAGCAUCAGCGAUGAUGACCUGAUACACAUCAUGACUGAUGGGCUCAGGACUAGCAUAUUAAGGAUGCGCCUCAAUGCUUUCGCGACGGAGCUGUUGGAAAAGAUUAUGACGAUCCAAGCAGAAAAUGAGGUCUCGGCGCAGGAACAAGCUGAAGCUGGAGACGGUGACGAUAUCACCCACCCCAUACUCAACGGAAGCCAGCUGCUAGACAUUUCUGGUAGCUCAGCAGAAGAUGAAGGUGAGAGCUACUCGGGAUUCGAUAUCAGAACAGCAGCUAACGAUAACAUAAAAGAAGGACCCGCACAUCCUUCGGAGUAUCAGCCAAUUCGUUACUAA